ACACUACGUCACAGAUCGACUCUAUUUUCCGCCAUUGUUUCUUCCUCCUAACAAGGGAUCGGAUUUCUUCAAUUCCGUCGUCAAUGGCGGCCGCCGGCAGACCUCCCCAAUACUCUCCCAUCUCCGAACGCGACAACGAGGGAUUCUCCGACUUCGAAAAUCCCUCCUCCUCCUGUCUCGGCCGCCUCUGCUUCUGGUGCGUCGACGACGACGCCGACGGCGGCGGCGGCUCCAGCCACAACCGCCUCCUGCACGACGGAGCGCCGCCGCACCGGAGUUCGUGGCUGGGCAGUAAAUUGAAGAGUUUGAAGGAGCAUUUGGAGCUCGCGGCGGGACCCAAAUGGAAGAAUUUUAUCCGGCGAAUUGGCCGCCUGCGCAACUCCGGCCGGGCGGCGCAGUUUCAGUACUCUCCGGAGAGCUAUGCUCUGAACUUCGCCGGCGGCGAGCAGCGGGAAGACGAGGGGACUCUUCUGUACAGUUUCUCGGCGAGGUUUGCUCCCCACGCUUUCGUCAACGAUCGCCAGAGUACGGCCGCCGGCUCUUGAUUGAUUUGAUCGACGGCUGUGGAUGCACGCACGGCUGAUCCGACGGUCCCUGAUUUGUGUAGGUUUGGAGGUUCUUCUCAUUUAUAAAAUGUUAUUAUUAAUUAUAAUUAUUCAUUAUGUGAAAAACGGGGAGUCAUGAUCUAACGGUUACGAUUCCCGCACUUUAUUGUUUCAUUUUGGGCUAUAUUGUAUUUUACAUGAACAUAUUGGGUUA